AUGUCCUCCAAACAUUUCCUCAAUGAUCCCGCCAAGCUGGUGACUACAGCCCUGCACAGCGUCACCCUGACCAACCCAUCUCUCGCGCUCGACACGCCCAACAAGAUUGUCUACCGCCGACCCAGCGCCAAUGCGUCCCCGCAGGUAGCCGUCAUCUCCGGCGGCGGCUCCGGCCACGAGCCCUCGUUCGCCGCCAUGGUCGGCCAAGGCCUGCUCUCGGCCGCUGUCGCAGGCACCAUCUUCGCCUCGCCCUCGGCCGAGCAGGUCCGCACAGCCAUCGCCGGCCGCGUCGACAAGGACAAGGGCGUCCUCGUCACCGUCAUGAACUACACCGGCGACGUGCUCAAUUUUGGCGUCGCCGUCGAAAAGGCACGUGCCGCCGGCAUCGACGUCGAGAUGGUCGUCGUCGGCGACGACGUCGGUGUCGGGCGCAAGGCUGCCGGCAAGGUCGGCCGUCGGGGCAUCGCCGGCACGGUGCUCGUGCACAAGAUUUCCGGCGCCGCGGCCGCCCUCGGCCGCAGCCUGAAGGAGGUGGCGUCCGUCGCGAGGCUCGUCGCUGAGAACCUCGUCUCCGUCGGCGCGAGUCUCGAGCACGUUCAUGUGCCUGGCCGCGCCGUCGGGCAGGAGGACGGGCUGGAGGCGAACGAGGUCGAGCUGGGCAUGGGCAUCCACAACGAGCCUGGGUCUGGUCGCGUCAAGGGCGUUGAGCUCCCCGAGCUCGUGUCCCAGAUGCUGAAGCAGCUCCUGGACCAGGGCGACGCCGACCGCGCGUUCCUCCGUGUGAACUCGAACGAGGUUGUGCUGCUCAUCAACAACCUUGGCGGCGUCAGCGUGCUCGAGCUUGGCGGCAUCACGGCCGAGGUCGCGGCGCAGCUUGAGGGAAGCUACAACAUCAAGCCCGUCCGCAUCCUUAGCGGCACGUACAUGACGAGCCUCAACGGCAACGGCUUCAGCAUCUCGCUACUCAACGUGGUCAACACGAACCUUGGCGGACCCAGCAUGAUCGAGCUGCUGGAUCAUCCGGCCGAGGCCAACGGCUGGGCGGCGCCCAUUGCCAAGGAGACGUGGGAGGCCAAGAACACGGCCACGCGCGAGGAUGACGCCGUCAAGGCUCUAUCCGCCGAAAAGAGCAGGCUCGAGUAUGAUGCGUCUGCGGCGGCAUCUACCGUCCAGGCGGCGCUGGAGAAAGUCAUUGCUGCUGAGCCCGAAAUUACGCGGUACGACACUGUCGUCGGCGAUGGUGACUGUGGUAUCGGUCUGAAGCGUGGAGCGGAAGCCAUUCUCGCGCACCUUGCCUCCAACCCGCUGACCGGCGACGCCACGCUGGAUAUUGCGUCCAUCGUCCCCGUCGUGGAGUCUACCAUGGACGGUACAUCGGGAGCCCUGUACGCCAUCUUCCUUAACGCGCUCGUCGGCGCCCUGCGCUCUGCCGGUUCCGGGUCUGCCGAUGCCCAAGUCUGGGCCGCCGCCCUGCGCCGCAGCAGCGAUGCCAUGGGACGCUACACGCCCGCCCGCCCCGGUGACAGGACGCUCGUCGACGCUCUGGCGCCGUUUGUCGAGACGCUCGAAUCGUCGGGUGACGUCGUCAAGGCGGCGGCGGCAGCUCGCAAGGGCGCAGAGAGCACAAAGGGCAUGAAGGCGAGCCUCGGCAGGACGGUAUACGUUGGUGGCAGCGGUUUUGAGCAGGUGCCCGACCCGGGCGCGUGGGGUCUUGCCGUCUUCUUUGGCGGGCUGGCUGGCGAGGCGGGCUGGGAGGAGGUGUAA